UCAGAUCAAACAACCCAGUUUGCUCCAUUGAAAACUUUGAUGUUUUUUCCCUCAACAAAUCUGCAAAUUCAUCGAUUAUCAACAACAAUCAUACAAUCCAUUAUGAUUUAAAGCUCAACAAUAAGAAGAAUAAAGAUAAAGACUCUUCCAGGCAUUUGCUUCCCCUUCUUCAUUCGAAAAAAUCAGUCCUCUAGCUUCUUGAAUUCGCUACCGUCUUCCUUGCGACAUCAUCUUGCUGAAACUUCUAAUCUUUAGAGGUAUGUAGUACUACUCAAUUAUGGUUUUGUUCUUCAUUGUUGUAUUUUAUUUUCUCUUUAAAAUUUAAUUCGUUUUACAAAUCUGCUUCGUUUGCUGCGGUUUUUCCUAUUGAAUUUCCUGUUUUUUAUCUUGUAAUUUGUAAAUUGAUUGUUGUUGUGUCUGAAUAAUGUAUUAGGGUUCCUAAAAUUAGAUAAAUCAAUAAGAUGAAGAAAUUGAAAAUCUGAAAAAAAGCAAGUAGUUCGAAAAAGAAGCAUUCUGAGUUGGCAACUGAGUUGAGUAAUGUUAGGGUAGAUGAGGUGGAGCUUGAAAGAUCUGAUGUGGCACAUGAGGUUGUAGAUGAGUUGGAAAGAGCAAAUGUAGAUGUUGAUGUUGGGCAAAUGGGACCACCAAACACAUAUACGAGUUAUAAAGAAUGUGUAAGUGCUAACCCUAGAUUUAAAACAAAUAACUCAGUUGCUAUUUCUACCCUAAACCUUACACCAAAUGAGAGAGGCCACAUAGAGCAAGAACUUUCUGAUUUUGAGGAUAGCAGUGAUGAUGAUUAUAGUUGUGGUGAUGAAGAUGAAUAUGAGGAUGAUUCUGAUUUGUUUGCAGAAAAUGUAGUUUAUGGUCUCGAUGAUGUGUUUAUAGGUGAUGAUGAAAUUAGAUUGAUAGUAGAUAAGGAGGUUGAUGAAGAAAACAAUAGAGACAUAUACUUUAAUGAUGAUGAACUGGAGUCUGAUGAUGAUGAUUUGAGUGCAUUGAAUGUUGAUGAGGAAGAUAUAGGCAGCUAUCCUACAUUCAAUCCUGAGGUUGAUUUCAAGGGUAAGAUCAAUUUGUCUUUAGGCCUUAAGUUUCCUUCGACAUAUGUCUUUAGAAAAGCAUUAAGGUACCAUGCUAUUGAAUGUGGUUACAAUUAUUAUUACCUGCAUUAUGGUAGAAGUAGGAUAAGUGUGUAUUGCUACAAUAAAUGCGAUUGCAUGAAAUCGAAAGCUAGAAUUGUGAACUGUGUUUGUGGGAAGGAUAAGAAGUGUUAUUUUAAGGUUCAUACUGUGAAGUUGAAAGAUGAGGAGACACUUCAAAUAAGGAGUUAUUUUCCCGAGCACACUUGUGGUCACCAACACCAAAAUAACAAAGUCACUGCUUUGUAUUUAGCUGAGAAAUAUAUAGAGGAUUGGAGGGAAAAUCCAAAUUGGGAAUUAAAGGCAUUUUAGAAACGGGUUAACAGAGAGUUAGGUUGUGAAGUGAAGUAUUCUAAGUGUUAUAUGGCUAAAAGAAUUGCUAAGAAAAUGAUAGUUGGUGAUGCUAGUGAAGAGUAUAGCAGGGUGUGGGAUUAUGCGGAAGCAAUAAGGAGGUUUAACCCAGGAAGCACUGCAAUCGUGAAAUGCAUUGGAAUGGACACACCUCCACCCUUGUUUCAAAGGAUGUAUAUAUGUUUGCCAGCAUGUAAGGAGGGUUUUGUUGCUGGCUGUAGGCCUAUUAUAGGUGUUGAUGGGGCACAUUUGAAGGGACAAUUCCCUGGGGUUUUGCUGACUGCUGUAGGUAAGGAUGGGAACAAUAACAUCUUCCCUAUUGCAUGUGCUGUGGUCGAAACAGAAAACAUAGAAACUUGGACUUGGUUUCUAAAUCUCCUCGUAGAAGACCUAAAGUCGGUUAGUCCAUCGAGUAGUUGGGUACAAGCAGGAUGUGAAGAUUUUACCUUCAUGAGCGAUAGGCAAAAGGGUUUGAUUGAAGCUUUGAACUCAGUGAUUCGUGAAACUGAAAUUAGGUUCUGCUGUAGGCAUAUAUGGGCUAACUUCAAGAUCAAGUUCCCUAGAGAGUUGUACAAACAUCACUUUUGGAAAGCAGCAAGAGCUUACAACAAGAUCCAGUUUUGCUCGGUUCUUGGCUCUCAAACAAGCAACAAUAGCCGUGUACAACCCUUUGUCCCCGAAAGCCGACCCUACAACACCUCUUUGCCUGAUACGUUAAACAAGCAGCGCCUACACCACCGGUCAGCCUUCGUUACGGUCGAAAGAAGAAGGCUGCCAGUCUUCUGUUUUGUGAAACGCAUGCAACCUAGCACUUUUCCAUUCCCUGAUUUUCUUUGAGAAGCAUAUGCUGCCCAUGAAGCGCACUUACACGACCGGAAUGCCUCUGUAGCCCCGCAUGGGACACCUACUCUGCAUGGUGCCACACAUCAUGGGCAACUUCAUGGCUUGCUCCAUCAUCUCACCACGCUCACUCUUCUCCAUUUGCUGCACCAUUUUCUUCAUGGCUUCACACUGACAUUCCCUAUCCAUCAUUCUUAGUUCAUUGCAACACUGAUUGAAGUAUCCCCUUCCUUGGUUUGGCCUCAUACCCAUCAUUUCUUCCAUCAUGUACUCCUCACAAUGGUUAGGCCACUGACUCUGUAACUGACGGUCACAUUUGCCCCGGUGAAAUAUCGGGAUCGGGUUUGAAUCAUCGUUGAUUUCGACCUCGGUUGUUAUGAUGGUGGCCUGAGUUAUCACUACCAUGGCUGCCAUUGCAGCUGCCAGGAUCAUAAACUUAAUUCCUGCCAUUGAAAAAUUGGACCUUUUUUUGGUGGGUUUGUUUAAAUUGUUGAUUGGAUUGAGUUGUUGGAUAUUCUGAUCAAUGAAUUGAAUUAAUUUAUAGGGGUUUAAAGGCGAUUGCAUGGCGGUUACGUGGUCGGUGAUGAUGAGCAUCAGAGCUAGUAAGCUAGAAAAGCUUGGGUUGUUGGAUUUUUUUACAUAAAGAUAUGGACAUAUGGUGUUUAUAAUGCAUGUAGAUUUAGUCCUUUUCUGUGUGGUGUUUGCAUGCUAAUUACGUGGCUUUUGAUUUAAUUUCGAAUUUUGAUAUGAAUGUCGUUUUUGGAUGUGAGUGUUGAGAUGGUUUACACGUUCAAAUAUAUAAGCACGAUGAAUUAAAGAUAAUGUAUAUAUUUUAUGAGUUAUUAUUAAAGCUCUUCUUUUUAUUGUAUGUGGUUAUGGGAUGAUAUCUACUUAAUUUAUGAUCAAAAUGUGUGCAUAUUUUGUUUUUUCGGUCAUAUGAUGACAUUGAUGAUAAUUAUAGCUCAAUGUAACGCGAAAUCUGUUAGGAUUAUUGGUGACUUGGUUCACCAAGUAAUCAAAACAUGAUUGUUGAGAGUCUUAUUCAUCCAUGUUAGUGUAGUUAGAAGAGAACAUAAAUACACAUUUGUGAUUGGUUGUAUAGGAAAGUAUAUUGUACUAAUGAUAGUGGGGGCUUGGGAUAUAUGCAUAGUUUGGGUGUGCAUUGCAUCCCAUUUAGACGUAGUGCAAGCCUGCAAGGUGGAAGAGCAGUGAUGAUCGGACUAAGGAACACGUUGCUUGCAACGAAGGACCAAACAACUGCUAACAAGACCUGUGCUCGGAUGAGCGGCUGAGUGCUCAAACAAGCACAGGGUCGAGCCAACUCUCUGCUUGUGCUUGUCAGUUUGUUGUCGUGACUUGCUGCUGCCCUUUUGAAGCCUUAAGUCUCU